AUGGCUUCGUUGAUAGCAGAGUCAUGGUUAACGGUGGAAAAUGCCAUUGGCCAACGGCCUCAGCUGACCGGCGAUGUAUUUGCUAUGCGGUAUCAGUAUAAGGCACUCGCGGAUCGGGCAAAUGCAACCCGAACCAUUUCCCAGAAUAUUCACGUCGAAGACAUAAAGGUCAAUUCCGAACUCACUGUGAGAACUUACACACCUACAGCUGGUCCAGCAGGAUCCAACCCACUCCCUGUCGGAUUAUACUUCCACGGAGGCGGGUUUUGCUGUGGUGAUUUAGAGUCCGAGGAUACCUUCUGCAGGCUUCUUGCCGAACGUCUGCCUUGUAUUGUCAUCUCGGUGGGCUAUAGGCUUGCGCCGGAGCACAAGGCCCCCGCUCAGCUGGAUGAUGCGCUCGAGGCUUGGAAUUGGGCAUACAACAACGCGAGUACUUUGAACGGUGACCGUGGGAGAUACUUCACUGUUGGUCAGAGUGCAGGGGGCAACCUCGCUCUGGCAGUGGCCCGCCGAUUGAUCGUGCUUGGCCGGAAAGAUGAAGUCAAGGGGAUCGCAGCCAUUGCUCCGUUCGUCGUCCACCCGGAUGGUGUUCCUUCGCGUUACAAGACCCUGUAUCGUUCUUUUGAUGAGCUCGGAGACGGUCCCGUCAACACGAAGCAAGCCAUGACCCAAUUCUACGAAGCAACCCAGGCACCGCCCAGCGACCCAGACGUUUACGUUCUUAAUGCGGAGGCGGAUUUACGCCAAUUCCCUCCGACCUACCUGGCAGUCUGUGGGAUUGAUCCACUACGAGACGACGGCCUUAUCAUCCACGACGCCUUGAAGACAGCUGGAGUUUCUGUAAAACUGGAUUAUUACCAAGGUUUACCACAUGUGUUCUGGGCUUUUGAGUGUCCUGCUCCAAGUGGCGAUUUCGUGGCGGAUGUCUUGGCUGGUGUUAGAACUUUCACGCAUACUUGA